UCCUCUCCUCUGUGUAGGAGUGUAGGUCUCCAUAAUCAAAACAAAACGAAGAUUAAAUCAUAGAUUAGGGGGAUUAAAUUACGUGCUUUAAAAAUAUACCAAACCAAGCUAAGUGUUUAAUGUAAAAUUAGCAUUAAAAUUGCAAAGCCGCGCUUAAAGAAAUGGAAGUAAAACAAGAAGUUGUUGAGGAGACAUGUAAAAUAGAAAUAGUUGAUAUUGAGCUGGAUGAUUCUUUCAUAGAUAUCUGUAAAAAUGAAAUUAAAGCAGAACCCAAGACAAAUAGUACUCCUGAGACAGUUGAUGAUUUAGUCUUAAACGAAUUCCCAGUAAAGUCUGAAAUAGAAGAUGAAAAUCAGAAAGAUGGAAGAGAUAUCUGUAAAAAUGAAAUUAAAGCAGAACCCAAGACAAAUAGUACUCCUGAGACAGUUGAUGAUUUAGUCUUAAACGAAUUCCUAGUAAAGUCUGAAAUAGAAGAUGAAAAUAAACUUAAACCAUUUGAAGAAAAUCAGAAAGAUGGAAGAGAUUUUAUUGAAGAGGAGAUUUCUUUGAAAGUUAUGGAAACAAUAUCGGUACGUAAAAGUAAUAAAGAGCAACGUGCGAGUCAACCUGAUGGGGAAAAGAAAUUAAAGUGUAAAAUUUGUUUUAAGCAGUUUACUAUUGCAAGUAGUUUAAAAAGACAUUUGAGGCUUCACACUAAAGAGAAACCUUACAAGUGUGAAAUUUGUUUUAAAUAUUUUUCUCAGGCAAGCACUUUCAAACAUCAUAUGAGAGUGCACACUGGAGAAACACCUUACAGGUGCGAAAUUUGUUCUAAACAGUUUGCACGAAAAGAUUAUUUAACUGAACAUUUACAUGUUCAUACUGGAAAAAAACCAUACAAGUGCGAAAUUUGUUUUAAGCAAUUUGCUCGCCCAGUUAAUAUACUGCAUAAGCGAUUACACAGUGGAGAGAAACCGCACGAGUGUGAAAUUUGUUUUAAGCUGUUUUCCCAUGUAGGCCAUUUGAAACAACAUAUGAGAGUGCACACUGGAGAGAAACCUUACAAGUGUGAAAUUUGUUUUAAACAAUUUUCGAUGGCAAGUAAUUUGAAAAAACAUAUUAAUAUGAGGUCACACAUUGGAGAAAUUCAGUGUAAAAUUUGUUUUAAGCAGUGUAUUACUGCUAGUGCUUUGAAAAAACAUGUGAGAUCACAUUCUGGAGAAAAACCUUAUAAGUGUGAAAUUUGUUCUAAGCAAUUUGCUCAGGCAAUUAAUUUAAAAUCACAUUUGAGAAUGCACACUGGAGAGAAACCUUACAAGUGUGAAAUUUGUUUAAAACCAUUUUCAAUGGCAAGUACUUUCAAAAAACAUAUUAUUAUGAGAUCACACAUUGGAGAAAAUCAGUGUAAAAUUUGUUUUAAACAUUUUACUCAGGUAAAUGAUUUGAGAACACAUUUGAGAGUGCACACUGGAGAGAAACCGUAUAAGUGUGAAAUUUGUUUAAAACAGUUUACAGCGAUAGGUUCUUUAAAACCGCAUCUGAGAAUGCACACUGGAGAAAAUCUUUACAAGUGUGAAAUUUGUUUAAAGCAGUGUAUUACUGUAAGAGCUUUGAAAGAACAUGUGAGAUCACAUUCUGGAGAAAAACCUUAUAAGUGUGAAAUUUGUUCUAAGCAAUUUGCUCAGGCAAUUAAUUUAAAAUCACAUUUGAGAGUGCACACUGGAGAGAAACCUUACAAGUGUGAAAUUUGUUUAAAACAGUUUUCUCGAUCAAAUUAUUUUAAAAAGCAUUUGAGGAUGCACACUGUAUGAAAACCUUAUGACAUUUUCAAAUUCAGAAAUGCUUCUCCUCCACAUGUGGAGGAACACAUCCUGCAAAUUAUAAAGGUUGCCAGGUAUGGUACAUUCCAGGGGUGGGCAAAGUGCGGGCCGCAUUCGGCCCAUUGGACAUUUUUUUGUGGCCCUCGGAAAAAAGUGAAAUAUUUUUAUUUAAAGAAUGAUUGUUCCACAAAUUUUCAACCUAACGCGGUCAAUUAUUUGGGUUUCCGAUGUGGUAUUAUAAUAUCCUAUAUAUAAGUAAGUGAACGCCCGAUGAUAUGGAUAUUAUUAUUUGUAGUAGUCAUUAUUUAAGUAGGUAAUGUGAAGGCAGGUCGUUACUGUUAUAUGUAAACACAUUGUUAUGGUUAAUCGUUGAUGGAGGUGAUUGUAAAUAUAAUGUAUUUGAACCAAGAUAGAGAGAAAAGGCAAAGGCCUUUGCUGAACACCUAAGCAACGUCAUUAAACCUUACAACAUGGACCAAAACGACGAAGAUAAUAAUGAAAUCUUAAAUUUUCUUGAUAUACCUUUUCAAAUGGAUCUUUCAAUCAAAAAAUUUAAACCUAAAGAAAUCCGAAUGGUAAUCAUGAAUGAAAUGAAGCCAAAAAAGGGCUCCUGGUUAUGACCUCGUCACUGGAAAAAUCCUGCAAAACGUAACUAAGAAAACAAUCAUAUCAAUAACAUAUAUUUAAUGCAAUACUUACGUAUGUACAUUUUCCCAAUCAGUGGAAAGUAGCAGAGAUCAUAAUGUUACAAAAACCAGGAAAAGACCCCAAAGAACUGAACUCAUAUAGACCCAUUAGUCUCUUACCUAUAAUAUCUAAGCUAUUUGAAAAAAUGUUUCUACGUCGAUUAGAACCAAUAAUAGAAGAAACAAGACUAAUUCCAAAACACCAAUUUGGUUUUCGUAGCAAACAUGGAACAAUAGAACAAACAUCGUAUAGUCAAACAAAUCAGCAAUGAUUUAGAAAACAAGAGGUACUGCAGUGCAGCUUUUCUAGAUAUCAGCUAAGCAUUCGACAAAGUGUGGCAUACAGGACUCCUCCAUAAGCUGAAAAAAAAUCUUCCGUAUCAAUAUUAUUUAAUUAUUAAAUCGUAUCUGACAGAUCGCUUUUCAUUAGUAAAACAACAAGAUGCUCCCUCGGAACUAUUUAAAAUAAAAUCCGGUGUCCCACAAGGUAGUGUACUCGAUACCUGUUAUUUACUGCUGACUUACCUACAACUACAUUGACAACAGUCGCAACAUUCGCGGAUGACACAAGUAUUAUCGCAUCUCACACAGACCCCCAAAGAGCUUCGCAUAACUUACAAGCACACUUAAAUAAAAUAGAAAAAUGGUUAAAAAAAUGGAAACUUAAAGCUAAUGAAACAAAAUCGACCCACAUGACAUUUACCAUGCGAAGAGAGAGCUGUCCACCGGUAUACAUAAACAAUUAGUACAAGUAGAUACAACCAAAUACCUGGGCAUACAUCUAGAUAAAAGACUAACAUGGAGAAAGCACAUCUUCACCAAAAGAAAGCAACUUGGACUCAAACUUCAACAAAUGUACUGGAUUCUGGGCAGACAUUCAAGAAUGUCAAUCGAAAAUAAAUUAGUAGUAUACAAAAACUCAUAUGGACCUAUGGCAUACAGCUAUGGGGCUCAGCCAGCAACUCUACUUGGAAAUUAUACAACGUUUUCAAAAUAAGGCAUUAAGAACCAUAGUAAACGCUCCAUGGUACGUCCCCAACGCAAUAAUAGAGAGAGACCUGAAAGUUCCCAGCAACAAAGAAGAAAUCAGAAAAUACAGUGAAAAGUAUGAAGAAAGACUUAGUGCGCAUCCAAAUGAUUUCGCGAGUGAAUUACUAAACACGGAGGGUGAAGUUCGCAGACUAAAGCGUUAUAAACCAACUGGCUUACCAAAUAGAUUUUAGAUAAAUUAGAACUAUGUAUUUUAAGUGUUACUUUAUUUUACUAGUAGUACUAUCUAUACAUUUGUUGAUAAUUUAGAAAGAAAAGUUUUCAUUGGAAUUCUUACCUACAUGUCAUAGCCUAAGAAAGUCAUAACUUUAACUGAUUGUUCCUAACGGAACAGAUUGUUAAAUAAAUUGGAGUAAUAAAAAAAAGUAAAGCAUAUCAUUAAUCGUCCGCCCUUGACCAAGGCCGGCGCGUGAGGUUGCAAUAGUUCAUCCUAUAUAUAAGUAAGUGAACGCCCGAUGAUAUGGAUAUUAUUAUUUGUAGUAGUCAUUAUUUAAGUAGGUAAUGUGAAGGCAGGUCGUUACUGUUAUAUGUAAACACAUUGUUAUGGUUAAUCGUUGAUGAAGGUGAUUGUAAAUAUAAUGUAUUUGAACCAAGAUAGAGAGUCUUAGCUCCGUAUUUAUAGUCAGUACUCAAGACUGAUCUCGAGAUCGGUCUCAGCCAAGACGAUCUUACGGCAACGUCGAGCUCAAGACCACGUUCUGUUUUAUAAACGAGUCUUCGGCUAAUCUCGGCCAAGAUUGAUCUCGAGGCUGGAAAAUUAUGGAUUUUAAGCAACUUUGACAUAGAACACCAACUAAAAACUGUCAAUCGUCAAGUUAAAUAUCUUUGCAAUGUUUUUAUAUUUAAUUUGUUUUUUGAAAAUACAUACAUAGAUUAUUAAAAUGUUUUCAGUUAAAUAAAGUUUAUUUUAUUGAUUGAAAGUUUACAUUUUUAUUUUUUCUAAAUCUUACAUGCUAUUUUUUCAAAGGUUAAUGACCUCUCAUAAUUUGUUUCCAUUAUGAGAAAGGAUUUCUUUUCUUUGUGGUAAAGGAUUGCAUAUUAAAGGAAAGUAUAAAUAUAUUCUUUGAUAUUACCCCAGUAUAACAGAAUACUGUGAUAUUACUUUAUUCUUGGUUGGGAGUAAUGGUUUAUUUCUUAUGAGAGAAAGCAAAGCAAAUAAAACUCUGGUACUUCCUAGUAUUACCUGCCUUUUUAUUAAUGGUGUAAGCUUUCUUCUAUGUUUAUAUUCUUCAUCUGACUAACAACAAAGAAGAAACCAUGAGAGGUGGAACUUGUAUAAAAUGCAAUUACUGUUUUCAUGGGAAUAAGCCUCAAUUUAAGUUUGAAAUUAAAUUUAUUUAAUGUUUAAAUUCUUAAAGACAGAUCACAUGCUAUAAAUUUUUUGUGAUGGAUAUUAUUGAGUUAAAGUUGAUUUUAUGUAAUUGAAUUAACUAUAUUUUAAUAAAAUCGUCCCAGGAAUGCAACUCAUUGGCGAUAUUGUUUUAAAGUCAUCUACUCUAAAAUGUAUAAAUAUAUGUCUGAAUGAGUCAGAUAAAAUUAAAUUAUUAGAAGAAUUUUUAUCAAGCAACAACAAUAUUGAUAUAAAAUAUUAAUCUUACCCAAAUAACAGCACAAAAGUAAAUAUAGCCUAUCCAUUUCUACUGGACAUUAACGCUCCUCCUCCAAUUCUACACUUCUAUAUCAUCCAAAUCUCCUUACUGCUUCGAACAACUCUUUUCAUGGUCUUUCUCUUUUUUUCUC